CCUAGAUAUUUUAACAAAAAUGAAAGCUAAUGCAACGGUAGUGUUGUAUCAUGAAAAUUUUAGCUAGGUUGAAGCGCGCAUUGUUCCCUCUAAUUUUUUCACCAAAAUUUUGAACAAACAUGUUUUUACUUUUCUCACCCAUUUUCUCCACUCAUUCUCGCUGUACCCAUUCUCACCCUAUUUCUCCAUUUCCUCAAUAUCCCCCAAUCCUCCAUUUUCUCAAUUUCCCCCAAUUCUCUAGUUUCCCCAUCAUCAUCUCACAUAAAUAAGCAAGGUAAAACAAAAAUUCUGAGGCAGAUUUUGAGGUGAAAAUCACGAAAAAAUUCAUUCAAAAAUUUGAUUUUUUUCGAUUUCUAGGGUUAUGAUUUGUAACUGUUGGCGGUGGUGGAGAGCAACGAUGGUGAGUUUUGAUUUGUAAUUGAUGGCGGUGGUGGAGAGUUGCUGAGCUAACGUCGCUCAAACUCCAGCUUCGUGCCCUGAUCUUUGAGAACAUCAUCAUCGUCCGUGGUAGUUGGUGAGAGUGAUUUGCUAAUUGUUGGGCUUGGUGUUCUUGGUCGCUUGGUAGCUCAACAAUGGAGUCAGGUUAAUUUCUUUCGUUUGGGAUUCUCGCCUUUAUGUUCUUGCCAGGGACGGUAUAGGAUAAAAGUACAAGGUUGAUUAAAAAUUACUGAAAAUAAGUCGAAUUUUAGAACAAAGUUGAACACAGUUCUUUGUUAGCAUCUGAGAAGAGAGAGAAAGAUGAAUGCUCCUGAUCGAUACGAGAGAUUCGUCGUUCCUGAAGGCGUCAAGAAGGUUUUGAAUGCCUCUUUUACCAUUGAGAGAGAAGACCACACCAUUGGCAACAUCCUCCGCAUGCAAUUGCACAGAGACCCAAAUGUCCUUUUUGCCGGCUACAAGCUUCCACACCCUCUUCAGUACAAAAUUCUUGUUAGGGAAUUGGAAGAUAAAUAUGUACUACUCCGCUUAGCACAUCUCUAUGAGGCUUCCUUGCUUGUUUUUGCUGAAGUUGGAAGCCUUCAAAUGGCUGUGUACAGUGCUGGGGCUGUGUUUUGGUACUUCUGUGCAGCUGGGUGUGCCUGUCUCUGUUCUUGAUUCUGCUUGCUAGCUGUUUUUGUCUCUGUCAGGGCGUGCAGGGAGCUUCUGCCCUGCUGCUGUGUUCUGUGUUUCCUGGGUCUGUAGUGCUGUGCAUUUGUUGUGCUGUGAAUUGGAGUUGCUGCGUUCUUGUGUUGCCUAGUCCUGCUUUCUAGUUUGCUGAGAUGAUGUUGCAGGCUGUGUUAUGGGGUGUGCUUGUGCUCUGUGUUUCUGUAGAGGCUGGCUGCUCCUGUUUCUUGUUCAGCUGGCUGCUGUUAUUCCUGUCAGGGCCUGUAGGGAGCUGUGUGCUCCUUUGCUGUUUCUUUUUGUUAGCUUUGAUCUUUAGAUUGGCUUUUUUUUGUUCGUGGUGUUUUUGUUUUUGUUUGUCGUGUUUUGUUUUAGUGUUUGGUUGUUUUUGUCUGUGUUGGUCCUCGUUUUCAGUACCCUUCCUAGAAGGUGCCUAGUUUCCUAAGUCCAGUGUGUUUUUCUUCCCUCUCGGUUUUUUAGGUUCCUUUUGAUUGAAGGUGGCCUUUUUACAGUUUGGGUUAGGUUUGGAGGUUGGAUGCCUGUAGGGCUUGUGUAGUUUUGGAGGGUUCAGUUUUGUUUUUUGUAAAACUGUAACUCUUAUUCCUUGGUAAUAAAUUUUCUUAUUUACCAAAAAAAAAGGGGAAAUUGAUGUGAAAGGGAGGGGGGAAAUUUUUACUCGUUUUAUGGAUAGCUGGGUGUCCUGGUUUAUUGUUUUUUAGAUGUGUUUGGUGUGUGCCCUCCUUAUUUGGCUUAUGGUUGCUGUUGGUUGCCGCUUCUGGUUUGGUUUCAUUGUUGGAUCUGAUAGUGGCAGAUCAGCAGCUCUAGUUCAGGGUUCUACCUGCUUGCAGCCUGUUUUGUGCCUGUUGUGUUUUUGUUUGGUUUUGGGUUGGCUGCUGCCUGUAUUGGCUUCAGGGUGCUGCUGUUGUGGCCUGCGGUCUAAUAUGAGUAUUGUUGUAUGGCUAAAUUCUCCGUGCGUUUUAAACUUUUCUCAUGUUGAUUGUGGCCUUGAUCUAGUAUAAUUUAUAAUUUAGUUCUAUUAUAUUUCUAUUACUUUAUUCUAUUUUACGUGUAGGUGCAUGGGGAGCUAAAUGGAGCUGAAGUAUAGUAAUUAGCUAGUCAUUUAACAAAUGGUGCAUAUACGUUGGCGACUCUUAUUCAAGCUCAACUUUGUGAAGAUUUGGAAAUUCUGGCUUAUAUAUAUGUUGAAAAUUUGUAUUUUGGAGGAUUAAAUUAAUUAUAUAACUUUUAUUUAUUAUUAGUAGGGUGUCAUACAAAAAACAAGCAACUAAUAUUUUAUAAUGUACGUAUUUAGCAUUAUUAUUAUUCUAUAUAAAUUU